CUGGGACGUGGCGAGAGAAGAGGGUAUUAUCGAUUCGCCGGGGCUCGCGAGUUAACGGUUUGUUUACAAGACAGUGGAGGGGAAUAUAUGCGCGCAUGCGCUACGUGGCCAAAACAAUAAUAACAUAGUAGUAAAGAAGGUUCAUGGCUGAUGGACGAACGUGUGUGAUCAUCGUCCCGUUCCACAAAUCAAACAUGGAAUCUUAUUUUACACGUGGCGACCAUACUCUUAAAGUACCUAUAUCCCUUUUUCGAGAAAAUCGUGAAAGACUUCUAGCUCGUUUAAAAAGAAAUACCAAUCUUCCAGCUGCUAAUACUUUUGUUAUUCUACAAGGAGGUAUCGAAAUCUCUUUCAACGAUACGGACAUCAACUGGCCUUUUAGGCAGGAAUCUUUUUUUCAAUGGUGUUUUGGUGUUGAGGAACCUGGAUGCUAUGGAGCUCUUGAUUUAUCUUUAGAAAAAUCAAUUUUAUUUGUACCAAGAUUACCCGCAGAAUAUGCUAUCUGGGAGGGAAAGUUACAUACACUGGAAGAUUUUAAAAAACGUUAUGGCGUUGAUGAGACUUAUUAUACCGAUGAAAUAGGGAGAAUAUUGAAGGGCAAAAGUGCAUCUCUUUUAUUAACUUUGAGUGGUAAAAAUAGCGAUAGUGGAUUGUACGCUCAAGAAGCUGUCUUCGAUGGAAUAGGACAAUUUCAAGUUGAUAAUAAUACGCUAUAUCCGGAAAUAUGCGAAUGUCGAGUAAUAAAAUCCCCCAAGGAAAUUGAUGUAUUGAGAUAUGUGGUGAGGAUAAGCUCAGAAGCCCAUAAAGCUGUAAUGCGUAUGGUGAGGCCGGGUCUUGCAGAGUUCCAAGCUGAAGCGGCUUUUAUGAAUUACGUAUAUUCGAUUGGAGGUUGCAGACACGUUUCUUAUACUUGCAUUUGUGGAUCAGGAUAUAAUGCAUCUGUUUUGCAUUAUGGACAUGCAGGAGCACCUAACAGUAAAAUCAUACAAGACGGUGAUAUGUGUUUAUUCGAUAUGGGUGGGAAUUACUGUGGAUAUGCAGCAGACAUAACAUGUAGUUUCCCAGCAAAUGGAAAAUUCACGAACGAUCAAAAGUUCAUUUAUAACGCUGUGCUGAACGCAAGAGAUGCAGUUAUAGAAGCAGCAAAGCCUGGCGUAUCUUGGACAGAUAUGCAUCUUUUGGCUAACAAGAGAAUGUUAGCUUCGUUAAAAGAAGGCGGACUGUUGAUCGGAGAUGUGAACGAGAUGAUUGAAUCUGGCUUGAACGAAAUCUUUCAACCUCAUGGUCUUGGACAUCUUAUGGGUUUGGAUGUUCAUGAUGUUGGUGGCUAUCUUCCAGGACAUCCGGAACGUUCAACAUCAGCGGGCAUAAGAAAGUUAAGAACAGCUCGUACAUUACAUGCCGGCAUGGUAUUAACGAUAGAACCAGGAUGUUAUUUCAUCGAUUGUUUACUUGACGCUGCAUUAACUGAUCCAAAACAAUCUCGAUUUAUCGUAAGAGAACAAUUGGAAAGAUUUCGUGGUUGGGGUGGUAUUAGAAUUGAGGAUGACGUUUUAAUUACUGAAACAGGAGUUGAAAAUUUAACGCAAGUUCCUAGAACGAUUGAGGAAAUAGAAAGUUGGAUGGCUGUUGGACGAAGCGAUUUAAAAUUACCCCAAGAAAAAUAACUCUGAUACAUUCCUUUAGAAAACUUUGAUAUAUUCUAUAAGAAAUAUUAUUUACAUAUAUAUAAAUAUAUGUACAUAUAUGUUCUUAAUGUAUACAUACAAAAGAAAAAGGAGAUGGUAUAUUUCUAAAAGAAAUUUAAUCUAUCCGCCGACGAUACAUCUUCAUGUCGUGAAAAAUGCAGAAUGUGUAUUUGUAUUUAAUCAUUUUUAUCACGUCUUGAAAUCGAUACAAAUCAGCACUGUUUUAUAUCAUCGAUGUUAUAUCUAUAUAUACAUAUAUAUAUGUAUCGUUAACUUUUUACAUUAUUUAAAAAUAAAUCAGAAUAUAUUCGUUAUCAUUAA